UGUAAUUAACCACCUGCUGGGAUGGCAGAGCAGGCUAGCUUCCGAACAGAAGCCAGCUGGGACUUCAUCAGUCCCAGCUGGCUAAAGCUAACGUGGUCUACUGUAUUAGCCCCUGCAACAAGUCCUGCUCUCAUCAAUAUGAAUAAGGGGCGGUCAGAAAUAUUACAAGCGUAUCCUAUUGUAGCAUGUUUUAGUCCGACAGCCCCCACACAACAGUCUCCCAAGUAACAUCACAUUUGAAACCAACGCCUCUCCACGGCAAUUUCUACAAAAGUGAAAACAGCUUUUAUUGCAGUGCUACGUCAGUUCUGGCAACUGGCAACCGAGUGUACAAAGACUAAAAUGGAGAAGCAGCCCCUGCCAACUGAAAAUGACAAGACAGGAACCACCGAGUCAGAGGUCGACGGCUACGCUGAUGAGGAGAGCCAGCAAGCCUUGUCUGAGCCUGCCGCUCGAGCAGGAUGGAACAGUAAAAUAGAGUACUUUUUGGCCCAGGUGGGAUUCAGCGUCGGGCUCGGCAACGUCUGGAGGUUUCCAUAUUUGUGCCAUCAGAAUGGAGGAGGAGCUUUUCUCCUCCUGUACGUGCUGCUGAUGCUGGUUGUGGGCAUUCCUUUGUUCUUCCUGGAGCUGGCAGCCGGUCAGGACAUCCGACAGGGCAGCAUCGGAGUGUGGAAGUACAUUUCCCCCAGGCUCGCAGGGAUCGGCUACUCCAGCUGUGUGGUGUGUUUCUUUGUGGCUCUCUACUACAAUGUGAUCCUUGCAUGGAGUCUUUUCUAUCUUGGGAACUCAUUCCAGUACCCUUUACCUUGGAACCAGUGUCCAGAACAGGGCAAUGUAACAGUAAAAGAAUGUGAAAAGAGCUCCCCCACAUCGUAUUUCUGGUACCGCAAAGCUUUGGAUAUCACUGACUCAAUAGAUGACAUAGGCUCUUUCAACCCUUACAUCGUCUGCUGUCUUCUGGCAGCUUGGACCAUUGUGUGCCUGGGCAUGUUCAAGGGUAUCAAGACCUCUGUCAAGGUGAUGUAUUUCUCCUCCAUCUUCCCCUAUGUGGUUCUGUUCUGCUUCCUUGUCCGAGGACUCCUGCUGGAUGGGGCCUUGGAGGGAAUCACCUACAUGUUCUACCCCAAGCUGGAAAUCUGGGGAGACGUGCAGGUGUGGCGGCAGGCAGCCACGCAGGUUUUCUUUGCCCUGGGUCUUGGCUUCGGCUCCAUCAUCGCCUACUCCUCCUAUAAUCCCAAGAAUAACAACUGCCACCGUGAUGCCUUCACUGUCUCUUCUAUAAACUUCCUCACAUCUGUGCUGGCCACUCUGGUGGUGUUUGCUGUGCUCGGCUUCCGCGCCAAAGGCAGAGUCAUGGAAUGUGUUGCCAGUAAUAUGAAGGAGCUAUCGGAGCAGUUUCGCAUCGGUUAUGUGAGCAAAAACCAGAUGCCAAGCUUCGACUACUCUGUUCCAAGUUCUGUGCAUCUAGAGGACUACAGGGCCUGGUUUGAACAGCAUGGAAAUAAUGUCCCUGGCAAUUUAACAGACUGUGACCUGGAAAAAGAGAUGCAGAAGGGUGUGGAGGGCACAGGCCUUGCUUUUAUUGCCUUCACAGAGGCCAUGUCACUUCUGCCUGGCAGCCCUUUCUGGUCAACACUCUUCUUCCUCAUGCUACUCAACUUGGGACUCAGCACCAUGUUUGGCACAAUGGAAGGAAUCCUCGCCCCACUCACAGACCGCUUCAAAACUCUGGCCAACAACAAGACCAAACUCACAAUUUUCAGCUGCAUCAUUGGCUUUCUGAUUGGCCUGCUCUUCACCCAGUGCAGUGGGAACUACUUUGUUAUGAUGUUCGAUGAUUACUCUGCCACCCUGCCCCUCAUUAUUGUGGUGGUUUUUGAGACCUUCAGUGUGUCUUGGCUAUAUGGAGCAGAUAGGUUCCUUGAUGACAUUGAGGCAAUGCUGGGCUGGCGUCCCAGUGUCAUUUACAAGUACCUGUGGAAAUACAUUUGCCCGCUUGCUAUGCUGGGGUUGCUUGGAGCCACCACCAUUCGCAUGUUCAUCACACGCCCCACUUAUAGGGCAUGGAACCAGGAGAAGGCUUCUGAGGAGGACUUGGAGUACCCCGGCUGGGCUCUGGCUGUUCUGGCUAUACUGAUCAUAUCUGCCAUGAUGCCUGUCCCAUUGGCCUUGAUCCACGCUGUUCUGAAGGAAAGGACAACACAGACAUCCAGAGAUACAGAGACGGGUCAGUACAGAAUCGUUAGCACUGAUGACAAGUGUGAAACUCCCAUGUCUGACAUGGCAGAACUGGACCAAAGGAACGGGACCUCUGCUUCCUUUUCCUAAACAUUGGUAUUACACAGUGGGAAAUGAUCUGCAGUACACAGUCAAAAUUUCAGCCGGCCAUUUUGAAGGACAAUUUAAUUGUAUCUCUCUAUUGAGUGAAGAUAUGGCGCGGAGAGCAAUUGCAGUGCACAACAAAAAAUUCUUUAUUUUAAUAUUUAAACCUUUUUUUUAUACCUAAAUGAAGUCCAAAUGUAUCCAGAGGAUAUUGCAUUUUUAGAAAUGAUACUGUUCCAACGAAUCCAACAACUUUUAAAAAGCGUGUAAUAUGGAACAAAUUAUUUAUUCCCAUAGGGUAACUAAAAGAUAGGAUUACGUACAGUGCACGUAGUACCGUACAGAUGCUGUUUUGUCCAACGCUGCACCUUUUGCUGCCGCUGAUAUUACUUAAGACCAGGAGUAAUCAGGACGGCCAGGGGGUGAGAGGAAGAUUCUGUUAAAGGAAAAUAUCUGUUAUACUAGUUUGCUUAAGUGGUUACUAUUACUACUAAACGUUUUGUGAGACCGUUAUACCAGGAAAAAAUGAAUUUGCUUAUGUUGAAAUUAAUUUGUAGUAGCUAUUCACUACUCAGAAGCCAUACAACUAUGUUUACAUCUCAACUCAGCUGAGUCCUGAGUCACUGUGUUGUUUCAACAGUUUCAUAUUGUGCUGCAUGUAUGCAGGUGAAUUGUAUAGUUACACAUUUCACAUUACGCAUGUAUGUUAACAUCCUCUGUUCAGACCAUCUUGGAAUCCAACAGCUGAUAUACAGUAUUCGGUUUCUGGCUUUUUAUUUUUUUUAUUUUUUACAAUGAUGGUCAUUUUAACAUCACUAAUUUCUUCUUACUGGUAAAAUAAUUUUUAUCAGUCUGUCAUGUCAACUUGUCAAAAAAAAUUUUUAUUGUUUGUUUUUUUGCUGAACCAGUUGGUCAAAUGACAGCAUGGUACAAACACUGAUGGGGAAAUUCUAAUUUGUAAUGUAAAUAUGUAUAGUUUAUUGUACAUGUAAAAAUACUUCAAGAACAAACGCUUCAGACAUUUUAUGGCACUUUGUCAUUAUUUUUAAAUCAAAUUUGCAUACUUUUUUUUUUUGUUUUGUUUUUUGUUUUGUUUUUUUGUUCUGUUUUUGUUUGUUUUUUUUUUAAGCUUGGGUGUAGGAGGAAAUUAGGUGCAUGUUUAUUUCAAAGGCUAUAAAAAGCUAGUGACCAGUCAAAGUGCUACCUUACUGAAGACUGUAAAAAAA